CUGUGGAAGAUGGAGGAAGCCAACAACAGCUCUGGAAAUGGCUUUCUACUUCUGGGGUUUUCAGAUCAGCCCCAACUGGAAAGGUGCCUUUUCAUCAUCGUUUUGCACUUUUACAUCUUUAAUCUUCUGGGGAACACAGCCAUCAUAUUGGUGUCUUGCGUGGAUGCCAAACUCCACACACCAAUGUACUUCUUCCUUAGCAACCUCUCCUGUGUGGACAUCUGUUUCACCACAAGUGUUGCCCCACAGCUGCUGGUUACUAUGAGCAAGAAAGACAAGAGCAUGAGCUAUGGAGGAUGUGUGGCUCAGCUCUAUGUGGCUAUGGGGUUGGGUUCCUCCGAGUGCAUUCUCCUGGCGGUCAUGGCUUAUGACCGCUAUGUUGCAGUCUGCCGGCCACUGCACUACGCCACCAUCAUGCACCCCAAGCUCUGUGUUGCCUUGGCCAGCACAGCAUGGCUCAGUGGACUGGUCACCUCUCUCAUUCAGUGUUCCCUCACUGUGCAGCUGCCCCUCUGUGGUCAUCGGAAACUGGACCACAUUUUCUGUGAGGUGCCAGUGCUCCUCAAACUGGCCUGUGUGGACACAACUUUCAAUGAGGGAGAACUCUUUGUGGCCAGUGUAGUGUUUCUGAUUGUCCCUGUGUCACUCAUCUUAGUCUCCUAUGGCUUCAUAAUCCAGGCUGUUCUGAGGAUCAAAUCAGCUGCAGGGCGCAAAAAGGCCUUCGGGACCUGCUCCUCUCACCUGGUUGUUGUCAUCAUUUUCUAUGGGACCAUCAUUUUCAUGUACCUGCAACCAGCCAAAAGCAGCUCCCAAAACCAGGGAAAGUUUGUCUCUCUUUUCUACACCAUAGUCACUCCACUUCUGAACCCUAUUAUCUAUACGCUGAGAAACAAAGAUGUGAAAGGAGCCUUGAGGGCAAUGGUAAUAGGACAUGCUUCGGGGUCAGAAAGGUUAUGA